AUGUAUUGGAAAAAUGAGGUCUUGGCCCCUCUACCAAAGGGAGAUCAGUUUUUAUCCGAAGGAAUUCCCGCAAAACAGGUAAUUUCUCCAGGAAUGCAGCAGAGUGCACCGGGUGCCUCGCGCUGUGUGGAAGCCGAACACGAACACGUCAUGUCUCAUUCUGACGGGGAAUCCCACCGAUCGAACAUGGAGAGAGAGGACACGCGCUCCUCCCCGAGUCCCCCCUCUACUCCAUCUAUCUGCUCGCCUACUUCCACCGCCUCCUCGGUGCUGUCCACCCGGAAGAACGUGUGCGCGAGCUGCGGUUUGGAGAUCCUGGACAGAUACCUUCUCAAGGUGAAUAACUUGAUCUGGCACGUGAGGUGUCUGGAGUGUUCUGUCUGCCGGACGUCGUUACGUCAACACAACAGCUGUUACAUCAAAAACAAAGAGAUCUUCUGUAAAAUUGAUUAUUUCAGUAGGUUCGGUACAAAGUGUGACCGGUGUGGACGCCAGAUAUAUGCCAGCGACUGGGUGCGUCGGGCCAAGAGCAAUACCUACCACUUGGCGUGCUUCGCCUGCUUCUCCUGCAAGAGGCAGCUGUCCACGGGGGAGGAGUUUGGCCUGGUGGAGGAGAAGGUGCUCUGCAGGAUCCACUACGACACCAUGGUGGAGAACCUCAAACGGGCUGCAGAGAGUGGUAGUGGCAUCACUCUGGAGGGGGCAGUGCCAUCAGAGCAGGACAGCCAACCCAAGCCUGCCAAGAGAGCACGCACCUCCUUCACUGCUGAGCAGCUGCAGGUGAUGCAGACUCAGUUUUCACAGGACAACAACCCUGAUGCACAGACCCUGCAGAAACUGGCAGACAUGACGGGUCUAAGCAGGAGAGUCAUACAGGUUUGGUUUCAAAACUGCAGAGCAAGACACAAAAAGCAUACCCCCCAGCACAGCGGACCCCCACAAGGCCACCCCCAGUCCCGGAUGCCUCCUUCGCUGCCUGACGACCUGCAUUACUCCCCCUUUGGAAGUUCUGAGAGGGCGCGCAUGGUGGCCCUGCACGGAUACAUCGACAGCCACCCGUUCUCUGUUCUAGCGACACAGAGCCUGAACCCCCAUCAAGCAAUGUCGCUGUCCCAGCUACCCCUCAGCCGCUAA